AUGACCUCACAUCUACCAUCCAGCGCAGCUUCUACAAACAUGAGACAGGACUAUAUCCCUCCCCUUCUCGACGCCGUCGUCCCAGGAUCAAGGGAGACAUCCCGUACCGAACCGACAACCCAGCCGUCUUUCAGCCCACCGCAUUGCAGCCAACUUCAGAUAUUUAGGCUUUGGCGGCCGCUCUUCCUGGAGAUUGAAGAAAUUCAUUUCCUCUCUGACGCGGCACAGCUCGUAUCCCUCUCCAUCGAUUACUCCACCAACGCACCCAACCGUCAACAUUCCACCGACAUCUACAUUCAUGAGGAAGGGAAUGUGGUGCAGAUGAUUGCGCCUCAUGGUUCCAAGAGAGGAGGGACGAGAGUCACAGGAUAUGGGAGAAGGCUGCUCAACGAAGCUGGGACUGGUUGUGUUGGGCAGGUCGUAACACUUUCGAGUCUCUAG